UUUUUUUUUUAUUUUUUAUUUUUCUUCUUUCUUCUUCUUUUUCUUUUCUUUUUUUAUAUCUUUUUAUUCUUUUGGUCACAAAUUGACUUUUGUACCCUUUUCAUAUUUAUUUUUUGUAUACAAAACUUCAACAUAUAUAUAUUUAUUUAUUAUCAUGUUAACAGCAGCAUUAACAAGUACAGCCACUUCAUCAAGACCAUUUGUAGUACCGUCUGAAACUAGAACUAUUCCUGUGUCCAAUAAUAAUAAUAAUAACAAUAAUAACCAUGUAGAACCUGAUACCUCUCAUAUUCGAAUUGUGCCUCACUUGGAUUCAAGUCGGUCUCUUGUAUUUAGUGUGAUUGAAAGAGAUGUGGCUGAAGGUACUAUACUCAAGAUUGGUCGUUUUACUGACAAAUAUGCCUCAUCUACAAGAAUCACUUUUAAAAGUAAAGUCGUCAGUAGGGGUCAUGCUGAAAUCUGGUCAAAAAAUGGAAAGUUUUAUAUUCGUGAUACAAAAUCUUCAUCUGGUACCUUUCUCAAUCAUGUUCGUCUUUCUCCUCCAAAUCAAGAAUCAAGGUCUUUUCUUUUAAAUGAUAAUGAUGUUGUACAAUUAGGUGUAGAUUAUCAAGGUGGAACUGAAGAAAUCUAUCGAUGUGUUAAAAUGCGACUGGAAAUUAAUCGAUCUACUCAACAAAGAACUACUUUCAGUUUGAAUACUUUUCAAUCAUUACGCAAUUUGACCACACCACCAAAUAAUGUUACCGUACUCGAUUCAGCAAUGACCAGCAAUAACACGAAUACAAAAUUAGGCAAUGAAGAAUUCCAUGUUGAAGAAUGUUGUAUUUGUUUAUACGCCCUCGCUCCUUUCCAAAGUCUUUUUGUUGGUCCUUGUUCUCAUACUUUCCAUUACAAGUGUGCUAGACCAUUACUAAUGAAUCAUCCUGGUUUUCUUUGUCCUUUGUGUCGCAACUAUGCUGAUCUUGAUGCAAGUGUGGCUGUAGAAGCAAGUGAAGUUUUGGAAAUGUAUAAAAAAGAAAAAGAACAACAACAACAACAACAACAAACGAAUACUAGUCCUAUUCUUACUAACGAUGACGAUACCAAGGCAGGCGACACUGUGACUCAAGACCCUAGUGGAAAUCCGACAGAUCCAAGUUCCAUUUUUACAUUCAUGCCCUCUCAAUCAUCCUCACCAACAACAUCUUAGUAUUCGUCACUAUUUAAUCAUCAUCCAUUGUAUCAAAGUCAUCCCUCCUACUUUUUCGCCCUUGUUUACUAUUUUUCCCAUCCGAAUCCUUCCCAUUUGUAUAGGUGCUUUUUAUUAUUAUUAUUUCCUUUCACUUCUUGUCCUUCUUUUCAUGUUUGUUAUUAUUUUCCGUUACCCACCAUCCAGAAAAUAAAAAAAAACAACAAAGAUAAUAAAAAAAAAAUCAUUCUUAUUGACUCUA